GUGUCGAUUAAGCGCCGCCGGGGCGGCGGAGGCGGGAGGUGGAGAUGGCGGUGACGGCGGGGAGGCGGCGGCAGGACCUGGACAACGGUGCAAAGAUGGAUUGUAGCCAGUCUUGCAGAAAGUAACAUGGUCAUACGUGUUGUGAUAAACCUUUGUCUGUGAAGGAGUGCCCUGAUCUGUCAUGGUAUUGCAGAAAUGGGUUCCUUGGAAAUAACACAGAGUUUGGAAGAUGAUCCUCUACUGGAUGCGCCACUCGUUUCGUCUCACACAUUACAUUCCCAACUGAGGCCAAGAUUUCAUUCUAUCCCAGCAGUUCUCCUUGCCAAUUUCCUGUUGCUAAUACAUGUUGCUUUUGUUGUUCUAGCAUUUUUAGCAGCUAUGUUUUGUUCUUACCCCAAUCCAAAUCAAGAUAAGUGCCCUGGAAACUACACUCACCCACUUAAAGUGCAGACUGUCAUAAUAAUUGCAAAAGUAAUUCUGUGGAUUCUGCAUGUGGUUUUUGAACGCUAUGUCCAGCACCACCAUAGUCAAGUCAGAAGAAGAGGUUACUUUGCAAUAUACCGAUCAACAAAGCAUCUAAAAAGGCUUCCACUGCUCAUACACUCCACAGGUAAUACAGCCCUGCUCUUGAUUCUGUCAGUGCAGCAUUCCUUUCCUGAUCACAGUAAAGUGUACCUGUAUCUUAUCCUGGGAGUCCUGGGCCUGGAGCUGAUUAGCUCCCUCACAUGCUUAGUGAUUUACACAGGUGAGAGAGUGAAAAUAAGCAACUUCAAUCGUGCCAAGCCAAGACCUGACAUAAUUGAAGAAGAAAAGAUGUAUGCCUACCCUAGUCAUGUUACCUCAGAAAUUGGAUUUAGGGAAAAUUCAAGUUUAGAAGAGAUAGUUGAGAAGCAAGGAGAUGUAAUAGAGUAUCUUCAGCGACACAAUGCACUGCUCAGCAAGAGACUGUUGGCACUAACAUCGCAGCAAAUCAAAACUUAACAGCAUUUGGAAAACUGCUGCUGGAGCUCUGGAGGGAACAUGAGGUAAUGUAAUAUCCAGACUGAUUUUUACAGAUGACUCUUCUUCAAUCGUCUUUCACGUUUUGAAAUAGAAGUUCAGCUGGAAGGAUAAGCUCUGCAUACACUAUAAACCUGUUACAACUGGACACUCUCUUCAAAUCAUCAGUUCUGGGAAAAAAGUUCUGCAGCUUCAACAAUUUUUAAUUCCUCAUAUGUUAAAGUUGGACCUGAGUUAACGGUUUAACUUUGCUCAGUUGUUUCUAUUAUUUUGUACUGCUGUAAUCUUUAAGCUUCAAGCUACCAAAGUAUUUUACCUUUCUAGAACACAAAUCUGUUCUCUAGAAAAAUCUGACUUUGCAAGGGAUGUCUUUUCAGUUUCUAUUGCUGAAGCUGGGACUAGAUGUAUUAUGUCACUGAUUCCCAUUACUUCCAGUGAUAGAGGUGGUGUACUUCACUAAUCUGAUACAGAUACUUCUUUUCUAGAUCAGUCUCCUUUUCUCCUUUGUCAAGAAAGUGGGGAAAAUUGGUGUCCAAUUUAGGAUUUAGAAAAAGUAGAGGGCAUCCUAAAAUUGCAAAUCUCACAUAAGUGUGUGGUACAAAACAAUGUCAUGAUAAUUAAUUUGAGCAGUUGUUCAGAAUUCUGGCUUUAAAACUCUUAAGAGAGAUCUUCAGGGCUCAUGCCUUUCCCAUUACUAGGAAUUUGUGUCAGCUAAUAACAAGAUUCCUUCUCUGCUGACUGAACUAACUUAAUACAAAAAUACUUGAGAGUAAGCUUUUUCAUUGACUUAGCAACUAACUUAUGGUGAAUGGGUUUAACAAUUCUGUCAAAGAUGCCCAAGUUAACGCAUACUUGCUCUUUACUUUGGCUCCUCAAAAAAACAGCACCUUGAUACAAAAGCUAAAAUGGUGUGUGUAUGUGGGGAGGUGAAAAGCAACAGAAGACAGGUCUUUCAGAACUUGAAGAAACAAAAAUUUUUGGUUUUAAUUUAUGGUGAAUAAAGGCUGGUGAAAGAAACCUCUUGUUUUGGGUACUACUUUGUCUACCAAUGUAGACCAAAAAUUAUUUUAGAAGCCAAUACCUCUGUGGGAAUAGGAUAAUCACUAAUCAAAAGUGGGAAGAAGACUGUCAUGAGGAGUGGUCUUACAGUCGAAUAUAGGAAAAGAAAAUUAAUUCAUCCUACUUUAGUCUUGGGGUACAACUUCAGAAAUACCUGAACUGUGUAGUGUGCAACAAUUAUUGGUGUUGUCUCAUUCAAAGGAAAACAGUAAAUAGUGGAGGUGUUGCUGCUAUCCAACACUAGACUGUUCUCCUUAACUGUUGUUUCUUGAAAAUGCAGCCAAGUUUUUAUAGUAUACAUGUAAGGAAUAAAAAUGUUUGGUUUUAGAACUCAGGUUUUGAUGUGAUUGUGUUUAUCAGUUUAUAUCAUUUCUAUGAAAAGCAGUAAAAUGUGACUGUGAAGUUCAUGCACAAUAAAUGCAACCAAGGAA